AUGAUCCAAAAUUCUGAUAUUUCUUUGAUCAUACUCUUCGGCAUUGUAAUUACAUUUUCUGAGAUGGGAUCAAGAGAUAAUAAUCUCGAAAAAACCAUCUUAGCAUUAAGUAAUGAGCUUGAAAGAAUGCGUACAGAAGUUGAAUGGAAAAACGAUACAGCAUCUCAAGCAGGAUCAAACCGAUUCUCUUCCACAAGUCACGAGAAAAAAGAAAAGUCGCUCUCCAACACAAAUGUACGACCUUCUCCCAAUCGAAAUCGGCCUUAG